GAGAGUGUAAAGCAUCCACAUGAUAAAUCCUUUGAUACCUCAAAAAAAGAAAAAACCAAAUAUAAUUACACAACAAAUAUAAUAAUAAUAUAAUAAAUAAAAAAAUAAAAAAACCCUCCAAAUCCCACCAAGUUCCAGAGUGUAAGCUAACAGCAAAAUCGAAAGACCUUUUCAUUUCAUUCUCAACCCCUCUUUGUCACUCCAAUGCCCAAAUCACUUUCAUUUGGUUUCGUAAACCCAAUCAAUUUCAUUUAAAUUUCCUGGUUUAUUUGAUUUUUGGGAAUUUUCUGGAAGAUUUCUUCAAUCAUACUCGUAUUUGUCUGGUAGUUACCCGGAUCCUUGUGUAUGAGCACUGUUGGUGUCGGUGAGAAGAGAUCAAGUUUAGAGCCAUGAAUAAGCUCAGGCGCCGUAAGCAGUCCAAUGAGAUUCCGUCUGAAAUCACCAAACCAAAUGGGGGCAAUCUACUUGCUAAUGAUCGAAACAAGUACAAGUCGAUGUGGAUCCGCACACAUUCUACCUUUUGGAUGAUUGGGGCCUUUGUCCUGCUCAUCUACAUGGGUCAUCUUUAUAUUUGUGCGAUGGUGAUUUCAAUCCAAAUCCUGAUGGCAAAGGAGCUGUUUAAUCUGUUAAGGAAGGUUCGAGAGGAUCGUGAUCUUCCUGGUUUCCGGCUAUUAAAUUGGCACUUUUUUUUCACUGCAGUGCUAUUUGUCUAUGGUCGAUUUCUCAGUCAGCGGCUUGUCAAUACUGUCACUUCAGACAAAGUAUUGUAUAAGUUCGUUAGCAUUCUUUUAAAGUACCAAAUGGUUAUCUGUUAUUUCUUGUACAUCGCAGGUUUUGUGUGGUUUAUUCUCUCUCUUAAGAAGAAGAUGUACAAGUAUCAGUUUGGCCAGUUUGCAUGGACGCACAUGAUACUUAUUGUUGUUUUCACACAAUCAUCAUUCACUGUGGCCAACAUCUUUGAAGGAAUGUUUUGGUUUCUUCUUCCUGCAUCACUUAUUGUCAUAAACGACAUUGCUGCUUAUUUAUUUGGGUUUUUCUUUGGGAAAACUCCUUUGAUUAAGCUUUCUCCCAAGAAAACUUGGGAAGGUUUUAUUGGGGCUUCAGUUACAACCAUCAUUUCAGCAUUUCUGAUUGCAAAUGUCAUGGGUCGGUUUGAGUGGCUAACAUGUCCAAGAAAGGAUUUAUCUACUGGUUGGCUCCAUUGUGAUCCCGGGCCAUUGUUUAAGCCGGAUUAUUACCACUUGCCUGGAUCGAUCGCCAGUUGGAUCCCUUGGAAGGAAAUUCCCAUCAUGCCUGUUCAAUGGCAUGCUUUAUGUCUAGGCCUGUUCUCAUCAAUCAUAGCGCCUUUUGGAGGGUUUUUCGCUAGCGGUUUCAAAAGAGCCUUCAAAAUCAAGGACUUUGGUGAUAGCAUCCCUGGACAUGGUGGAAUUACUGAUAGAAUGGAUUGUCAGAUGGUAAUGGCCGUCUUUGCAUAUAUCUACCAUCAGUCCUUUGUUAAGUCACAAAGCUUCUCAGUUGAAACUAUCCUGGACCAGAUAUUGAUGAACCUUACAUUUGAGGAGCAGCUAGAUCUAUACCGGAAACUGGGAGAAAUCUUGCAGCAGAAAAGAUUUGGAUAAUCUUAAACCCGCACUAGAUAUAUGUUUUUGAGAUUGAUUUGCUGGGAGAAGCCCUUGGGUGAUUAGUGAACUGCCAUUUCUACUCGCGAUUAUAUCCGAGGGCUGCUAUUUCCCGAGAUGUGGCGUCAACCUUAUUUACGCUUGGACUGCCUCUUCUUUCGGAAAAAAAACGUUGACGGUGGUGGCUAUUGCCUUGUACAUGUGGAAAAAAUUAGGAGGAGCUUUCUUAUGAAUGUAUUUCUUCACUAGAGUGUACCAUAAUCUCUUCAUUUGGGAUUGUUUUUCCUGUUAUUUUUUUCUAAAUUACGCGUAGUUUCAACUAUUUUAGGGUCUUUAAAAAAAAAAUGGAAUAUUCUUUUGACUCGCAUUUUACCAUUGCAUUCUCCAUUGUUGAUGCAGCGGUACCGUGUUUCGAUCCCAUCUAUGAUAAUUGGGGUUUUGACUUUCGACUUGUA